AUGAACAAUUCAUCAGAUAAUAUAGGGAAUGAGAAUCCACCAUUGAAGAAAAAAAGACGUACUAUUAUCAAAACUUGCACAUUUUGUAGGAAGAGAAAGCUCAAAUGUGAUAAACGCAAGCCAAGAUGCUCUUCUUGUGUCACAAGAAACCUCCCAGAGUGUGUUUACAUUGAUGGUACAGGGAGCGGCGCUACCAGCCCAGAUACUCCAUCCUCUAGUACUGGAAAUGCUAAGAAUUAUUCUACUGGUGUAAUUUUACCAGCUAGUGUUGGUGAGUACAAUUAUAACUUAUCUCCUCGCCAAUCGUCGGGAAUUGUUUCGAAGAGAAAGUCUACAGAGAGUGUUAUAGACUGUAGUAAUUGUAAGAUAACUUCUAGUAUUAAUUCCGAUUUGAAUACAAAUACCAAACAAACCACAACCACAAAUAUAAACGCACAUUCAAAUUCAGAUACAUUGGGUUGUAAUCAUGUAUCUUGCACUAAUCCUCAUUCAGGGGUUGUGAAUAUUUUAGACGCAGAGUAUAGAGCAUGUUAUCCUCAAUCAAUAACUAUGAAUAGCAUUCCUAAUUCUAUUAACCCCUUAAGUACAGUCUACAUUAUGCAAAUGAAACCUACAGGUAAGAUCUUAUGUUUUGGGCCUACAUCUAUACGAAGUUUUAUGCAUCUUUAUAUACAACAUUUUCAAAUGCAUAAACAAGUUUGGUCUCAUUGGCAGACAGUACGAUCUGCCAGAUCUCGUUGGAAACUACAGCAUAAUUUCUCUAUGCUAAAAGAAUUAUAUUCAGUAGAAGAAUUAUAUACUCAUGAUUCAAAUUGUAUGAUUGACGAAUUAUGUGCAGCUUUACCCACAUAUGAGGAAAUUUUAAGAUGUAUUGAAACUUUUUUCAAUGAAAGUGAACUUUAUAUCUAUAAUAAUGUAUUAGAUAAGAAUAAAGUACUGAAUGAUUUUUAUAGAGAAUUCACUCCUACCUUGGGAACUAAUGCAGAUAAUACAAGAAAUAUAGUUGGUAUAAAAGUGGAUCGAAAAAAGAAUUUCUUCAAAUCGGGUGUUAUUCUAAUGAUUUUAUGUUUAACAAAAUGGUUUUCGGCAGUACCACCAGCUGUUAAUAAGUUUUUAAUAUUCUUGACUGGAUUUUCAUCAUCCAAGAUAUACUAUGUUGAACGGGCUCAAUUUUUAUUAUUACGGAUUUUCCAUAGAUCUAUCUAUCACUCUAAUGGUGGUGAUAACUCAACGUUGAUUGAUUUGACAAGUGAUUUAUGUACCAACUGUACUAUCACUGGAUUAAGUCAUAAUAUUGAUACUUUGUUCAAAGGUAAAGAAGAUAUAGUAGGACGUUUAGAUACCUUAAAGAAUUUAUGGAUAUGGUGUUUGUAUGUAGAUUUUGAUGUUUCCUUCCAUGUUGGUAAACCUUUUUUCAUUAGUAAAGACUAUUUUUUUGAAUUUUCGGGAGAAUUAAAUGAUAGUUCUCAAACUUUUAUGGGGUUGAUAAAAAGGUUUUUAAAAUUAUCUAGACCAAUGUUCCGCAGAAUGAUGGAUAGAGAACAAAGACCUGAUUUACGUCAAGAUGAAGAAUUGAUCAUAACAUUCAUCGAAAGUGAAUUCCCUUCGAUUAAAUAUUACACUGAUGAACAUGAAAUUUAUAAAGUGAAUAUUAAUAAUAUUAGGGUUUUAGCAUCUUCAUUAUCAAUGCUAGUAUGCAAUUAUGCAGUACGGUUUGUAAUUUUAAAGGAGCAUGACAUGCACGUUAAAGUUGGUUUCAUAACUGCUGCCUUUGUGGCAUUUAGUCUUUCCACUAAUCUUUUAAUUAGAUGUUUUGAGAUUGAUAAAUUAAAAUAUCCAAAAAUGAUUGAUCCAAGUUGUAAAGAAGUCACCCCAUACGUUGCACUAGCAAAUUAUAUGACUACGCCUGCGUUAUCUCGAUCUUUGUUAAGUUUUAUAAUGAUUAUCCAUUUCAAAUUAACUACACUUUCAAGUCCACCAUUAUUUUUAAUACAUGAUGAAUCAAAGAUAAAAUUUCAUCUUGAUUCAUUGAGAGGGCCAGAUCAAGAUUUUUCCUUGGAGUCAUCAUUUGAUGCGUUUUGUAAAAUAUUUGAUCGAUGGGCUUUGCCAAAGGAUCCUGAUAUGCAUCAAGUCAUGCGUCGUUCUUAUUCAUUCAUAAUAGCCACCACGGUGGAAAGAUUGGGUAGAAAUAUUCUAACAAAGAUACUAGAUCAUAGGAAAGAUUUUGAAGCCACAUGGUUUGCUAAAUCAAAGGCAAAUACUGGAUUACAAUCAUCUGCUAGUAGUAGUUCAGUACUUAAUGUAGUUCAGGAAGAUCCUACUUCAGUUGAUAAUGGUGAAUCUCCUUCUUCUGAUGCUACAGAUGUGAUUUCCACUUCUAGUAAUAAUCCUAUUAAUACACAUACUAAUACCACCACCAUCAAUAAUAGUAAUAAUAUUGAUUCUAAUAUUACAAAUGCUAAUAUACCAAGAAAUGAAGCAUCAGCUACGCCCAAUAAUGCCAAUAUUAACUCUCGUUUUUAUCAAGAAUUUUGGAACACUUAUAAUCAAGGAUUUGAAGAUAUCUUUAAUGAUUCCGAUACCAAAGAAAUUCUUGAUGAACUUUCAUUGUUCGAUGAUUUGGAGUUAUUUGGAUAG